AUGAAAAGAUUAGCAUAAAAAAGAAGAGAGCCAACUGAAACUACUGUUUGUUUUAGCGAUUUGAAGACUGAGCCUGAGGAACUUAAGCAACAAGAUAAAAGACUGAAAAAUUGGAAUAAUAUGUUUGGAAAUUUUUUAGGGGAAGGACUUGUUCGUUAAAAGAAGAAAAAUAAACAUUUAGAUCCAGUAUUUCUAAAAGAAGCUCCUUUGUAUUGUGGAAAUAAUUUGUACGAUAGUCCUUCAGUAAGAGAUAAUUUUGAGAAAUUCAUUGAAGGGGAAAUAACAGCUUGUGAGUUCUUGGCUCGCAAAAAUCAAUCAGAGUUGUUGGACAGAUAGAGACCUACUUCUCCUAAAAAAAUUAGACUAUUCAGAGUAGAAAAUUGCAAGAAUUAAUUCAACUAAAAUAACCAAUAAACUGGAUUCUUAAAAUUACUGAAAGACAAAACUGAGGAAGUAAAUAAAUAAUUUAGAAUUCAAUCACGAUUCGCUGUUCUGAGGAAUUUAAUAGAACACAAAAUUAAAAUGAAAGAAGAAGAAGAUAUUAUUAAAAGAAGCAGAGAACUCAAAAAUGUGGGAGUCAUCAAAUAAAUGUAUGAUAUAAGUGAUGAGUACAUUAAAUUAAUAGAAAGAAGAUUUAUGGAAAAACGAUCAACUCCAGUAAUUAUUAAAAAUUAGGUUAAUGGAUAUUAAAUCAAACUUAUUCAACACUAAAACCCGUACCAAAUUCUUAAAACUGCAUCAUAUGAAAAUGAAACCAAAAAUAAAUAUGAACCACCUACUCAAACCUCAACCAUCAAAUUCUAAAUUGAUUAAAAGGCUUAAUAGUACAUUGAAGAACUAUAAACCAAGAAUUGUAUUUCAAAUGAAAAGGCCAAGAAGAAAAUAUUUUUCAAUUCUCAAUACAAAAAUGUAGUCCAUAAAUAAUCUUAAUCUUUGCACAAUCUUAGAAAUGUAAAAUCUGUCGUUCCGUUUGUUAAAUAAAAGUAUUUAAAUAACCAAUACAUAAAUAAUGAUUUGGAACUCAUCAAAUACAUUACUGAUUAUUAAGUAGAAGAUCCAUUUCAUGAUAAAUAAAUUUAAUCUAAAAUAAGGAAAUCUUUACUCAUAUCGGCAGGAAUUGUUCCAAAUCAUCAUUCCCAUAAAAAUGUUUAAAAAGCCAAUAAACAAACCUAUUUAAAUAUUAAAGAUUAAUUAUCCCAAAAAUCUUCAUAAACGAUAGAUGAUUCUUUGAAUUCCAUGUAUGAAUUUAAUGUUGAUUCCUUGUAUAAUCAAAGUAUUGGUUUACAAAAUAAACUGCUUGGAAGAUAACAUGAUGGCUUUAGUAAAACAAUUAAAUCCAUUCAAAAAAACGAAAGUUUGAAAAAAGAAAUUAUUAUUAAAAACAUCUAAAAACUCGAAGGUUUGGAGAAGUUAAAGAUAACAGAGUGA